CUCCCACAAUCACAUAAACAUCUAUAACCAAAACCCACUCCACAUAAACAAUGAAUCCAUCUCUCACCCUUCCCAUUUUCCUUUCCAUCCUCCUCUUCGCCGGCGCCUCUUAUGCCGCCAUCAUCGACGUCCUAAACAACUGCCCAUACACCGUCUGGGCGGCGGCGGUGCCCGGAGGUGGCCGCCGCCUCGACCAGGGCCAGACCUGGCAAAUCAAUGCCCCCUCCGGCACAACCGGCGCUCGCGUUUGGCCCCGAACAGGCUGCAACUUCGAUGGCUCCGGCAGGGGCAAUUGCCAAACGGGGGAUUGCAACGGGCUGCUGGAGUGCCCCGGCCCCGGCUACGGCGUGCCACCCAACACGCUGGCAGAGUACGCCCUAAACCAGUUCAGCAACCUGGACUUCUUCGACAUAUCGCUGGUGGACGGGUUCAACGUGCCCAUGGAGUUUAGCCCGACUUCGAACGGGUGCACCCGCGGCAUCAAGUGCACGGCGGACAUCGUGGGGCAGUGCCCGAACGAGCUGAAGGCCCCGGGCGGCUGCAACAACCCCUGCACCGUUUUCAAGACGGACCAGUACUGCUGCAACUCCGGCCCCUGCGAGCCCACCGAUUAUUCCAAGUUCUUCAAGCAAAGGUGCCCCGAUGCUUACAGUUACCCUAAAGAUGACAACACCAGCACCUUUACUUGCCCUACUGGAGCCAACUAUAAGGUUGUCUUUUGCCCUUAAAAGUGUUCUCUAUAUAUGAAUAUUGAACGUGUAUAGAUUGCAUAAGAGGGUUUGGAUCCAUAUCCUUUGAUGAGAUGGGAUUCAAAGCUAUAUAUAUAUAUAUAUAUAUGUGUGUGUGUGUGUGUGUGUGUAAGAAUAAGGUGUAGCUGCACAGCUACCUGGCUGUGCUGUGCUCAUGUUCUCUGCAACCCAGCAUUGAGAUAAACCUAAUGGGACAAGAGUUUGUAGUC